AACAAGUAGAAACUCGUACCGGCCAAACUUAUUUUACUACUGUGAGUUUUAUUCCUUAAUUGGUAAAACAACUGAUCAAAUUUGCUGUGGUUUUGAACAUUGUGUCGUGACACUGUGGUCUACAGUACUUAUAAGAUGCCUAGACAAAGCGUAUUAUCUCCAUCUUCGAAGAAGAAACAAAAGACGUGGGACCCUGAACAAAUGAAAAAAGCAAUCGAUGCAGUGAGGCACAAGGUCAUGGGAUAUAAAAAAGCUGAAAAAUUGUUUUCGGUGCCUAGAUCUACACUGAAACGGUUAGUGAAGGAUCCACAAAAGUCUUUAGAUUUACUUGUACAUAAACCUCUUGGUCGAAAACCUAUACUACCACUUAGCUUGGAAGAAAAGUUAGUGGAUUAUAUUUUGUUUAUGGAGGCUAGGUACUAUGGACUCACUAGGAUGGAUGUUAGAAAAAUGGCUUAUCAGCUGGCGGUGAAAAAUAAUAUUCAGAAUACAUUCAAGAAUGAUGUAGCAGGGCGAGCUUGGUUGGAUCACUUUUUAAGGCGACACAAAGAUAAAUUAUCGUUGCGCAGACCAAUGGGGACAUCAUAUGCUCGUGCUAAUGGCUUUAACCGUGAAGCAGUCAAGGAGUUUUUCAAUAUUUUGGAAGCCGAAAUGAGUAAAACGAAUUAUCCUCCCGACAGAAUUUUCAAUGUCGAUGAAACUGGGUUAACUAUCGUGCAAUCAAAAGUACCACAAGUGUUAGGGAAAAAGGGGAAAAGGCAGAUAGGAGCCUUAACUGCUGCUGAACGAGGUUCUUUGUGUACUAUUGUCUGCUGCAUGAGUGCAUCAGGUAUGUUUGUGCCCCCUAUGACGAUUUUUCCAAGGAAAAACUUCACGGAUAUCUUGAUGAAAGGUGCACCUCCUGGAGCGAUUGGCAAAGUUCAUCCAUCUGGUUGGAUUCAGUCCAAUUUGUUCACUGAAUGGUUCAGACACUUCAUUGAUAAAACUAACCCUAGUGCCGAGUCUCCCAUAUUACUUAUAUUUGACGGCCAUACAGUCACACGCGCAACAUUGAAAUAA